CCGAGAAGCAUCAACACCAACAACCCCACAACCGCAUUCGAAUACUAACACCUCCGGCCCACACCCCGUUGUCACAUACGUCCAACCGCCCCCAGAUUAUUCUCUCGGACCCCGAGGCCGGGUUGCUUGCGGGAGUAUUGCACGGUUGCAGAGCGUCCAGUGGGACCUCGAGAGGAAUCCAGAGCAUGCCAUGAACGGAACUCCUCGUCUGCGGUCGUCGUACCCGUCGACUCCAGGAAGUGGACAGAAGAGUCCGAAGCCUCGCGACAGUCCCCAGGAUGUUCCGAGAACCAGAUCAUCUCUCCCCAGCCUGCCUCAGACCUCGCCAUCAUCAACUCUGUCAAAUGCACCGCUGAUACCAGUUGACCUCGUCGAUAGUCCGACCCAGAGGUUCUACACCCUAGGCUUGUAUGGUGGACUACUGGUAUGGUGUAUGUAUGAUUGGUGGCGCUUGGUAGAGGAGGACGCUCAAUCCAUUGGCUUGUUCAUCAAAUGGACUUGCAUCUUUGCCAUCUUCAUGUAUGGCGUUCCUCAAUUGCGAAUACCGUGGCUCGAAUGGUCUAUUCCAACUUCGAAUCUUGCCUUUCUCCUUCAUGCCACGUUGGUUGGCAUGCUGAUGUUUAGAAUACCGCUCCCAAUUGAAGGAUGGCUGAUCUUUCUCACCAAAACUGUCUUCGACAGGGAGAUUUCGAUUUCGGAGAAUAGUGUCCGGCCGGCAAGUAUUUUGCACAAUGCUUCUCUCAUAAUGGGCAAGCAGAUCAUCAAUAUUCUGCCAGAGGGCUCUGCAACUAUGAACCCAGACAAUCUGCCAUUCUGUAUUGAUAACAGGCAUCCAUCCGUCAAUAUCCCUCUCCGCUUCAAUCAAACUUCCCCGAUUCAUAUAGAGCUACUCAGAUUCGACUUUGACACGAACACCAAUGAGACCAUCGUCCUUUCUAGUAAAGAGAGGAAGCGAAGGUAUGAGGACAAAGAGCAUACAAUCGCCAUGGUCUCAUACACAGCCAAGAAACCAGGUCUUUACAGACUACACAAGGUUAUUGAUGAAUCAAAGUUAGAGGUUCAACGAAGGAUGUCAGAUACCCUUGUGGUUAAAUGCCCCCAUGUGUCGGUCACGUCCACAGGUUCAGAUAGGUGCCUUGGUGACCUCUCUGACCUAGUCAUGGAGAUAGAAGGAACGGCACCGUUGAAGAUUGUCUAUACUCGCACUGCGAACAGAGAGGAGAGCACCCACCACUUUCAGAGCAUUCAGCCAGAAAACUUUGCGUCGCCACUUCUGGGCUCGACCCGUGCCACAACACUCGUUGACCCAGGUAUGCAGAAUUUCUCGUGGGCUCGGACUCAACGGAUUAAGGUCCCGCUCAACGAAUCUAUGAUUCCUAGCGGUCCGUGGACGUAUUCCAUUGACGAAAUUCAUGAUGCAACCGGCAACGUGGCCAACUUCUCUGCGAGAGGAGAAGACGGAGAACAUAUUUAUCCGAAAGGUCGUCACUUGGAGCAGGAGUUCAUGGUUCAUGAAAGACCCUUCGCUCAGUUGUCGGGCUGCGAUAUGCGCAACCCAUUAAUGGUGGCAAAGGGGAAGGCAGCGCAUCUUCCUGUCAAUUAUCUGUACCCUGGAAAUAAUCCGGAUCGAUCUUAUACUCUCACUUGGAAGUUCUCCCCACUGAAUACCCUGACAGCGAGCGGAGACCACGGGGCAGAUGUUUCUAUCCAGCAAUUUGUGGCCAAAACAGCUCACGAUACUCCCACUAUCCGCGAAGCAGGCCUGUACACUCUCACUGGCGUGAAAAGUAAACAUUGUGAAGGAGAAAUAAGGGAGCCGUCAUCUUGUUUGCUGCUCAACCCUCCCGAGCCUCAACUUUCAAUAAGCGCCGAGAACAUUAACGACAAGUGUGCUGGAAAUUCCAUUGGGCUCCUGGUCGACUUGGACCUCAUCGGAACUCCGCCAUUCGUUGUGAGGUAUAAUAUCCUGACGAAAGGUGGCACUUCUAUGGAACAAAUUAAGAUCCCUGGUGUAAGACAUCAACUUGAACUCAAACCCAGGAAUGCUGGUCAUUUCAAAUAUCAGUUCAUCUCUGUAGAUGACGCAGUCUACAAGGACUACGCACUGGAAGGCAAAGGGUUAGUCUUGGAACAGGAUGUAAAACCCCCUGCGUCUGCCCAAUUAAGACCUCCACCCGGUACUAUCGAUGCUUGCAUUGAGGAACCAGUGGAGAUGAAUGUUGAACUAUCAGGGGAGAAACCUUUCACACUAGAAUAUGAACUCGUUCAUGACGGCAAAAGAAAGAGACAGAAGGUUUCUGGCAUCGAAACGGAUGUCUUCAAGAUCAAAACGGACCCGUUGGUCAAUGGCGGAGAAUAUUCUCUUGCACUUGCUAGCGUUCAAGACAAAACUGGCUGUAAGAUCUUUCUAAAUGAUGAGGCCAAGUUUACUGUUCGGCAUCAGAGACCAAAAGCCUCAUUUGGCCAUCUGGAGGGCAAGCAUAAGACGACUGAGAUCGAAGGCAGGCAGAUCAAUCUUCCUCUUCGCUUGACAGGUCGAGCACCCUGGACCAUUAAAUAUCGUAAUGCCAACGAUUCUUCCGGCCAAAUAUUUGAGAAGAGGGCUAAGUCUACCAACGAUGUUAUCACGGUCAACCAACGGGGCAUAUACGAAAUCUUAGAUAUUUCCGACGAUCAAUGCCCGGGGACAGUUGACCCGCUGGCUUCUACUUUUGAGGUGGAUUGGCUCCCUAGGCCACAGAUUAAACUUGCAGACACUGCGGUACUUAUUCCGGAUGGUGACAAGUACGUCAAACGUGAAGUAUGUGAGGGUGACAUUGAUGCAGUCGGGGUCAAUCUUAUUGGGACAUCACCUUACCAUGUCAAAUACCAGGUCCGUCAUACGCCGGAGCGUGGCUCUGGUUCUCUCAGCAACAAGGAAUUCGAUGCCGCCCUUGGCCUAGCCACAAUUGCUAUGGACACCACUAAGCCGGGGACCUACGAAUAUAGAUUCUCUGAAUUGUCUGAUGUUCUUUACGAGCAUGAUCCCAAAAAGUUCAAACCCCUGGUUCUCGAACAAACGGUCAACAAGAAACCGUCAGCCCACUUCAUUAAACCAGGACAGUCUUAUAGAUAUUGCAAAGACGAGCUGGCAGGCGACGAGGUGAUCCCUAUCAAGCUAGAAGGCGCUCCCCCCUUUUCUCUUGAACUCGACAUCAAGCACCAGAGUAGCUCUCGUCCCGAGACUGUGAAGAUCGCAAACAUCGAGUCAAAUCAUUACGACUUUAGAAUACCUCACCGUGUUCUCUCACUCGGCAUUCAUCAUGUCAGUGUGCGCAAAGUCCGCGAUUCCCGUGGAUGUCAGCAAAAGACUGAGUAUGGAGCACCUAAUGUCCAAGUCCAAGUCUAUGAUGUCCCCACAAUUUACCCUCUGGAAGCCCGGACCGACUACUGUGUAGGAGAACGGAUUUCAUAUACGCUUUCUGGGACAGCACCCUUUGAAAUUUACUACACUUUCGAGGGCGUGCAGAGGAAGGCCAAGGCCCCAAAUACAAACUUCAGACGCAUCGCCGAGAAGCCUGGCACCUUCACCAUCACCGCAGUAUCAGAUAAAGCCAGUGAGUGCAAGGCCAAGACCGACAUCACGAAGAUAAUCCACGAGAUGCCUAGCGUCAAGAUUAGUAAAGGAAAGCAGGUUGAAGUUGACAUUCAUGAAGGCGGAGAGGCGGAGAUCUUGUUCGAGUUCUGGGGUACGCCGCCUUUCGAAUUCACGUAUACGAGGAGUACAAACGCAAAGAGAGGACAAAAAUCGCAUGUUCUGGAAACGAGACAUGAGAUAUCCUAUGAGUAUAGCAAAACGAUUCAGUCCUCCCAAGAGGGCACGUAUGAGGUAGUGGCAAUCAAGGACAAAUUCUGUUCAUUCUCCACCCACAAGGCAAGUGGCAAGAAUGGUCAGAAGCUGCUUCAAUUCUAGAUACCGAAGGGGUCAUUGGAUCAAUGUUUAAUAUCAUAGCGUGGCGUUGGGCUC